CACGCUUUCCAACACUAGACAAGAAAAUGUCACGUCGAAGAAACAGAAGCGACGACAAAAGACACAAAUAAAAAAGCUUAUUUUGCGCAAGAUUUCAUAUAAUUAAAGCAAACGCAAGGAUAUGCGAUUAAACAUUUAGGAUGUGUAGUUAAAUUAUAUUAAAUUACAGAGUUAUAUUGCCAAAGUAAACGGUAUACAAGCAACGAGAGCCCCGACGACUACGCAGUUUUUGGGAGAGUAGAGUGCAUUCUAGUGCAAGAAGUGAAAAGUGCGUGUGUGCGAAAAGCAGAGAAAAGUUCGGGGGCAUAAAGAAGCAGAAAUAACAACACAACACACCAAAUUUACAGAUACACGCGCGCGUACAGCAAAACGCACACUCUGUAAACAGGCUAACCACCAUCCCCGCAGCAGCCGACGAGUCACCAAUUUGUGCCACACACACAAAAAGAACGACCAGCAGGCAGAAGCAGCAGCAGCAGCCACAGCCAGCAUUAACAACAACAUCAUCAUCACAUUUGUAGCUUCCAUCAGAAAAUGAAUCGCACGGAUGGCUUGGUCAGGCGCACCGUGAAGUACCGCGAGAACGGUGCGGAGGGUGCAGCUGGUGGCUUGAAUGCCAAUACACCAGACGACAAUCAAGAUCCAAAUGACAGCGGCAAGGAUCAGGAGGAUAACAUCGACGAUGGUGACUCCAAGGAGACGCGGCUAACGCUUAUGGAGGAGGUCCUUCUGUUGGGUCUCAAGGAUAAGGAGGGUUACACAUCGUUCUGGAAUGACUGCAUAUCAAGCGGAUUGCGGGGCUGCAUUCUCAUAGAACUUGGCAUCCGAGGACGUGUGAUGAUUGAAAAGUCUGGCAUGCGGCGACGUGGCCUAUGUACAAGAAAAUUGAUACUGAAAUCUGAUCAGGCGACGGGUGAUGUUCUUUUGGAUGAGGCGUUGAAACACAUUAAGGAAACAGAUCCACCAGAGACGGUCCAGAGUUGGAUUGAAUAUCUCAGUGGUGAAACUUGGAAUCCAUUGAAAUUACGCUACCAGCUAAAGAAUGUACGCGAACGUCUGGCCAAGAAUCUGGUGGAGAAGGGUGUUCUGACAACGGAAAAGCAAAACUUUCUGCUUUUUGAUAUGACGACACAUCCGCUCAACGAUAAUGUUGUUAAAUGUCGUCUGGUUAAGAAGAUACAAGAUUCAGUGUUGUCUAAAUGGGUGAAUGAUCCACAGCGCAUGGAUAAGCGUAUGCUGGCGCUAAUCUUUCUGGCGCAUGCCAGCGAUGUCAUUGAGAAUGCCUUUGCGCCGCUCAACGAUGAUGACUACGAGGUGGCCAUGAAGCGUGUACGAGAGCUGUUGGAUCUUGAUUUUGAAACGGAGGCGGCCAAGCCGAAUGCGAAUGAGAUACUUUGGGCGGUCUUUAUGGCGUUUACGAAAUAGAAUGUGGGAUACCACUCCUCUCAACAGCACACACACACACACAAGAAAAACACAGACCCAAAUACACACACACACACAGAUCUGGAAUACAUUUUGCUGCUUUUUGUUUAAGAAACGAAACUUUUGCUGUGACUGGGACUCCUCCAUUCAGUUUCAAUCAAAUAUCUAUGUUAUACUUUAAGCAACCCCCCAGAAGAAGAGCAGCCAUAAAAGAUAUACCAUCUAUAUAUAAACGAUAUAAAGAAGCUGCAAAAUUCGAAACAGUAUCCAAUCAACAGAUCCUUUCACCUUUCGGUUAAAUAUUUCUUUUACGUAUUCAACAAAUAUUCCGAAUAAACGAAACGAAACGAUAUGCUAGCCAAUAGUUGAAGUUCUUUUCUAAACAAAAAACAAAAACCACAAAAAUAUUUAAUAAGCUGUGUUCCAGAGUAUGUGACUUGAGUAUAAAU